AUGUCUAACAAAUUCAAGAAUAAGUUAGGUGAAGGAGGCUUUGGCACGGUAUUUAAAGGAAAAUUACGCAGCGGCCGUUCUGGAGCAAUUAAGAUGUUGGGCAAGUCCAAAGCUAAUGGGGAAGAUUUCAUUAGUGAGGUAGCUACCAUUGGAAGGAUUCACCAUUUUAAUGUGGUGCAACUUGUUGGUUAUUGUGUUGAGGGCUCAAAGCGCGCUUUAGUAUAUGAGUUCAUGCAAAAUGGAUCUCUUGAUAAAUACAUUUAUUCCAAAGAAGGGAGUAACUUGCUAAGUUACAAGAAAAUGUAUGAUAUUUCACUUGGAGUAGCUCGAGGAAUUGAAUAUCUACACCAAGGUUGUGACAUGCAAAUUUUACAUUUUGAUAUCAAGCCUCAUAACAUCCUUCUUGACGAAAAUUUCGUUCCAAAGAUUUCUGACUUUGGGCUUGCGAAAUUAUAUCCUACGGAUAAUAGUAUUGUCUCGUUAACGGCAGCAAGGGGAACAAUGGGUUACAUGGCUCCUGAGUUGUUCUACAAAAAUAUUGGUGGCGUCUCAUACAAAGCUGAUGUCUAUAGCUUUGGAAUGCUAUUGAUGGAAAUGGGAAGCAGACGAAAGAAUUUAAAUGCACGUGCAGAGCAUUCAAGCCAAAUUUACUUCCCCUCAUGGGUGUACGAUCAGUAUAAGGAGGGAAAGGAGUUGGAGAUGGAGGAUAUAACAGAGGAAGAAAAGAAAAUCAUAAAAAAGAUGGUUAUAACUGCCCUGUGGUGUAUUCAAAUGAAGCCAAGUGAUCGUCCGGCAAUGAACGAAGUUAUAAAGAUGCUCGAAGGAGACGUUGAAAGCCUACAAAUGCCUCCUAAGCCUUUUCUGUGCCCUCAAGAGAUGCCUGUAGAUAUUCAUGAUAAUUUGAACCAUACAUGUUCUAACAUGGAGUUGACGUGUACUCUGUCACCUAGGUGA